ACAUAAUCUUGGCUGUGUUUCCCAGCUGGUGGGUCCAGGUCCAAAAGUGGGUCGUGGGUCCAUUCUGAGUGGACUGCAAGUGACUCAUGCAAGUAUCAAGUUUAUAUAAAACACACUUUAUUCUGACUUACAGUGAAUUUCAAGCGCAGAGAUUUUAUUUUGAAAUGUUGUUUCCUGCUGUAAGCUGAUUGACUAAUGGACAGCUACUUGACAGAGACAGCAGAGUAGCUUGCAGACAUGGCCAGAUGCCAGUAUGACGCUGAAUAGAUUAAACUGUGUGGACCAUGAACUAAUGACUUCGGAGAAAUCUGGAUCCCGUGGCUGGCACCGGUUGGAACCACUGUUUUAAAGGGUUAGUUCAGCUUCAACAAAGUCCGAGCUACUAAGUUUUCCUCACAAAUUCAACAUAACAUGGGCUGAGUAGCUGAUAUACAAAUGGUCAUUUGGGGGGUGAGGUAUUCAUUUAAGAUUAUGCUAUGGGAUGUUUGAAAAAAAAAAAAAAAUUUGUUGAUAAUAACUUGUCAUUAUGAAAAAACUUUGCCCAUGGUUCUUUACUGUUGAAGCACCCUGAUCAAAUGUAAUUGUGGAUAACUGCAAGAUGUAAAGUGAUGCGACUCGGGGCAUUGUGGGUUUUACAUCACAGAGCAACAAGACAGCUUUUCUUUUGGUUUCACAGCACAGGGUUUAUUACUUUUAUGACAAAUGUCUUUUCUGCGAUUCUCAAACCCACACGGCACCACAUGCCUUAACAGAAUUUCCUGUGUUCCUUUUUACAUACAUAUAUCACACUACAGGCAGGGGUUUGAUGGAAAUAAGUGCAUACAUUGAAUGUGCCUUAAAGUACAAAUAAACAUGUAAAUUCAAAUGUAUUUGCUGUCAUUGUAGUGAACACUGUUGUCGCUAGAGGGCAGCAAACCCACAGCUGAAACCGGGCUGCUGAGAGGCAUCAAAUCAACAUGCAACAGGCUACUUUGGAUUUAAAGUGGAAAUAUGCUUUGGAUCCAUAAAGUGCAAGUGGAAUCUCAAAGAAAAAUCAAAUUAGGCUGUAGCUUUUAAUGUUUUUUUUAUUUGUUACUCAUGAUGAUUUUGCUGCACAUCAUGUUUGAGGAGUCAUUUGAAGCAGUUCAACUCCUCCUCGCCAGUGUGAUCAGGUCCGCCUCCUGUCAGCGCUGCUCCAGCUGCAGAUACCGGAUGCUCUCUCACACAGUGCACAGUUUCUCUGCACUCUAAAUUAGCCUGCCUUCACUGUGACAAUGAACAAGAUGACAUCGCGCCAUAAAGCUUAGCCUCGCUAUCUGAUGCCUCUUGUGGAUACACCUCUCUGAUUCUGGAGCCAGAAGCAGGCUAUGACAUUUUCUUGGCAGCUAAAUUAAUUUGUGACAGGCUGUGCCUGCUUGUAUUAUUGCAACAUUAUUUUUCUUCUCGGCGCUCUGUGAGCCUCACAACAUGUAUAAGUUAUGCAUUGUCCUCGCCAUGUGCUGUGCGUUUUUACCACGGGGCUUUGCAGCGCCAAAGACCUGGGUAGCAGAUCCCAGGUCAGAAUUUGAGAGCGAGGCAGAAGAAAAUGACAGGCUGCAGGAGGAGAUAGAUGGCCAGGAGAGCAUCCUCUCUAAGCUGCUGGGUGAUUAUGACAAAGUGAAAGCCCUCUCGGAAGGCUCUGACUGUCGGUGUAAAUGUGUUGUCAGACCCCUGAGCAGGAGCGCCUGCCGGCGGAUAGAAGAAGGGAGCGCCACCGCGCAGGACUUCUACACUGUGGAGACUAUCACAUCUGGACCAGAGUGCAAGUGCGCCUGCAUCGCUCCUCCGUCAGCGGUCAACCCGUGUGAGGGAGAGUUCAGGCUGAAAAAACUUAGAGAAGCUGGAAAAGAGAAUGUCAAGCUCUCCACCAUCCUGGAGCUGCUGGAGGGCUCCUUCUAUGGCAUGGAUCUACUGAAGUUGCACUCCGUUACCAAUAAGCUGCUGGAUCGCAUGGAUAACAUUGAAAAGGCAGUGUCUCUGAACCACACCAAGGAUGAGGUGAGGCCCCAGGAGAGCCCUCCGAUCCAGGUGGAUGCGACUGAAAGCCCACCCACCUCUCCUCCAUCCCGACAUGAGGACCAGAAGAGACUCAACGGGGCUGCGGUGUAUCAAGACCCACAUGAAAAGUAUGAGGAGCUGUUUAUUGGGGAAAAUCCAUCCUUCCUACCGACAGAUGGUUCUGCUCAGAUCAUUGAGGUCAAACCUCAGGUGACUCUCAAAAACGUGGUCAACAAGGAGGCCUCUCAGGUGUCGAAGACCGGUCCCAAAGGAAUGAUCAUCAGAGGAAUGACUUUUUAUAAAUCUGAGCCAGAUCCGAUGGUGGCCGAUGACGGAGAGCCUGGAGAGAACUUUUUUGAGUAUCAUGGAUUCAGUGGUGAUGGCCCAGUUAACCUCUUCAUUGAGGAGAAUCUUCUACAACACAGAGCCCCUCGCCCCAGGAUGAGAGCAGGACCGAGAUCAUUUCGACCAAAGACGACUUUUUACAGCUCCAUGAAGACCAGCCAAUCAACAGAAAGGAAAGAAGCUGAGCCCGCCUCAGAGACGCAUAAUGAGUUCAUCAGUGCUGUUGGAACCACAUCAGUGGAUGUGUCUACAGAUGUACAGGGCGAUGCAUCCACAACGAGAAGCGUCACAUUUGGACCAUCCUCUACCACACAAAAAAACAUCACAGACACCCCACCUCAGACUACUCAAAGAGUCUCUGCUGUGACGACUCAGCGGCCGACCCCUUUCACAAUGACUGAACCAGUGGACACUUCUGUAAGCAUCACAACCAAAACUUCAAUGAACACGACCCAACUGUCCAAAAAUACAACCACAAAAGACGUCCCACCAGCAUUCACAACAGGAACUACACCAACCACCAUGAUGGAAACCUCUGCCCAGGAGGUGAACGCCCAAAUGCAAACCAUACCUAGCACCGCAGCACAUUCAAGCACCCAUGCACCAAACCCAACCACAGAGGCUUUAACUACCAGUCCGACUUCCACUACGACCGUCACGACUCAUGCUGCUGUGACCUCAGCACCAGUACAGCCAACAACAGCUUCCACACCAGUUACCUCCACGCAGGCUGCUACCACAACACCAGAAAAAGAAACCACCUACACUUCAGGCUCGACUUUACCUCCUACCACACAGAGAGUGACCACUUUGUCUCCCCACACUUCUCCACCUUUCACCACACCUGUGACUACCUCUUCUUCAGCUGCCACCACCACCACAACAACAACCACUACCACCACCACUACAACCACGACUACCAGGCCAGCUACUCGAAUCAAAAAGAAAUACAAAAUCGUCUGGGAGGAGGAAGAGGGGGAGGAGGGAGACCCAGAGUUAGACGAGCCAAUGCAGAGGCAGGAGGAAUUUCUCCCAAAAAAACCUGGAGAGUGUAAGGACACUUUGGCAACAAUCUCAGAGCCCAUAACUCACAACACCUAUGGCAAGAACGAGGGAGCGUGGAUGAAGGAUCCAAAGUCUGAUAAUGACAAAAUUUAUGUCACUAACUCCUACUACGGAAAUAACCUCCUAGAGUUCCGCAACCUGGAGGUUUUCAAACAAGGCCGGUUCACCAACUCAUACAAGCUUCCAUACAACUGGAUCGGCACAGGCCAUGUGGUGUACGAUGGGGCUUUCUUCUACAACCGCGCCCUCUCCCGGGACAUCAUCAAGUUUGACCUGCGUCGGCGUUACGUGGCAGCCUGGACCAUGCUGCACGACGCUCUGCUUGAAGAGUCAUCGUCACUGUGGGAGUGGCGCAGACACUCAGAGGUCGACUUUGCCGUAGACGAGAGCGGCCUGUGGAUCAUCUACCCGGCACUGGACGAUGAGGGCUUCUUACAGGAAGUGGUUGUUCUGAGUCGACUGAACCCUUCAGACCUCAGCAUGCAGAGGGAGACCACCUGGAGAACCGGGCUCAGGAGGAACCACUAUGGGAACUGCUUCGUUGUGUGCGGCGUCCUGUACGCUGUUGACAGCUACAACAAAAGGGACGCUAACCUGGAAUAUGCCUUUGACACACACACAAACACUCAGAUGAUUCCCAGGAUGCCUUUCACCAACAACUACACCUACACCACGCAGAUUGACUACAAUCCCAAAGAGGGGAUUUUGUAUGCGUGGGACAACGGACACCAAGUCACAUACAACAUUAAGUUUGCCUAUGUAGACCCUUAGUAAGGGUUUGAUAGUAGUUAUUUUAAAAAGUUAAAUCUAUGGUUUGAAUGGAUUGUAGAUCAGUCCACAUGGCCUUCAGUGUGGAGACAAAUGGGGGCCAAAUGUACAAAUAUACUAAAUGUAUUGUGACUAAAUUGUUUGGUUCUUAUCAAGAAUUUUUAAAUUUUUAUAAAAGAAAUAAUGAGCCUGAUUCCUCAGUCAACACAUCAAGUUGUACUGUAUAUAUUGCAAUACUGAAGGGAAAAAAAAAAAAAAAAAAAACCCUAUGAGAUAAAUGAAUGUAGAUGGGUGUCAGAACCGGUUCAUACCUUGGGUACAAUAAUAUGGAAGCACAUUGCAUUCAUGAAUAAAUGAAAAAACUGACACCUUAUCUCAUAAUUACAAGAUAAGAUCUUGUUAUUACGAGAUCCUGAUGUACUACGAUAAGGCCUAACGUUAACGUUAGCUGAUUUGUACAGAUAUAAUGCUUUUAAUGUGAAAAACUUUGACCAGAAGUACCAUCCUUGUGUUUCUUGGUGGACUCACUUUACAAAUCAGCUAACGUUAACGUUAUUACAGUAUCAGCGAAAGGCCUUAUUGUAGUACGACACCAGGAUCUCAUAAUUACGAGAUCUUACGUCAUAAGUACGAGAUUUUGUGUUGUAAUUGCAGGUUCCUAUCUCGCAAUUACGAGAUCCUGAUGUCAUAACUACGAGACGUAAUCUCUUAAUUAUGAGAUCCUGAUGUCAUAACUACGAGAUCUUACCUUGUAAUUACCAGAUCCUGAUGUCAUAACUACGAGACGUAAUCUCUUAACUACGAGAUCUUAUCUUGUAAUUAUGAGAUCCUGAUGUCAUAACUACGAUAUCUUAUCUCUUAAUUACGAGAUCCUGAUGUCAUAACUACGAGAUCUUAUCUUGUAAUUACGAGAUAAUGUGUCGAUUUUUGGAUUUAUUCAGUGAAUGCAAUGCACUUCCAUACAGUAACACUACAAAAAGAACCAAUCCAUUGAAGCAUACUCUUUCAACCAAUCCCCCAAUUAUUUUUCUGUUUUAUACACAUUAUUUUGUAUUACAUUUUUUUUUUGCAGGUCGUCUGCGUGGUAAUAUCACAGGUGUUGCUGUUGACCUCUGUCUUGUGAAAGCACUUACUCCCUCCAUAUCAGACUGUUUUGAGGAGACUGCAAUAAAGUUUGGAAAUACUAA